AUGCCUCAAACGUUUGUAACUAGUGCAUUUAACCCAACUGGAAGCCAUGUUGCAUACGUUGUUCAAUCUUUAGAUGUACAAGUUUUAAAGGUGCAAUCCACUUCACAAGAUAAAUCUGCAUCAAAUGGUGUUAUUGUUCAUCCCAUCGAUAAGAAAGAGUACCCAGGUGUGAAAUGUUUAAAAUGGAUAUCCGAGGAUAUCCUUGCGUGUGUUUUUAACGGCUCGAAUAAACUCUUGAUACUAGACACAUCAAGCAAUGAAGUUGUCUCUGUUUUGAAAACGGAACAGCUAAUUUUAAGCAUUGCUGUCAGUACUAUUCAACGGGGAAGGGUUUUUGUUCUUGAUUCAAAUACAACAGUUAUUCAAUAUCAGUUGGAACCAAGCUUCUCGAGCUGGCGGUUGGAAAAGGCUACUAAGUUAGAGGAAGAAGUUAGCUCUACUACAGAUAUGAUCGAUUUCGAUGAAAGAUAUCUAUUUCUCUUUUCUAAUUCGGCAUAUGCUUUUGAUAAGCAGGAAGGUAAGAUUUGCGAUUUCAAGAACUUGUAUAUUAGCACUGUUAACAGUGCAGUUAAAUAUGAAGAUCAAAAUGGCGUUCCUUGGGUAAUAGUAUCUGCAAACAAUGAUCGAUUCAUAAAUACAGUUGGUGUCACCUCGGAUGGAUUAAUAAACAACUCGAAGCAAAUUUUGAUUACGGAAAACCCAAUUUUAGAACUUUGUCAUAAUAGCAUCAGCGAUCCAGACAUGGAAGUAAUAACAGCUCUUACAGAAAAUGGAGCCUUGGAGAUAUUUAACAAUCCGUUUGGAACCGAAGAUCCAUCGUCACAAAAUAAAAGCAAGAGAAGGAGAAGAAAUCAGGCUGUUAAAUCGAAGCGGUCUGAUGCUAAAAUAGUUCUUGACAGAGUGAAUGCCAGUGUAGAUAAUAAAUCAGAGGCUAUUUUCAUUGAAAAUGUGAGCAUCGGACCAAGGUAUCUCACUAUUUGUUAUCCGGAAGAUUCAAGCUACCUUUCGUUUACUAAGAAGGAAUGGUGGACCAGGUCAGACAAGAACUCUGAAUGUCAAUAUUCUGUUUUGAAAGAUGUGAAGAUUGUGAAGGAAAGAUCACUUGGAAAUUUGGAAAAGGAUAACCAGCAUUAUAACAGUGAUCGAUCGAGUGCAAAAGCAUACAAGGAAAAUUAUGCCAUAGUUGCAGGGGGUGAUGAUCUGCAGGAUUUAGAAAUUGGAGAGGCUGCAGAGAAUGAAGCUUUUGGCACAUUGGUGGAAAAGCUGCAGUCCACUGACAUCAAAGGCUUAAAUGCAGAUAAAAAUAGAUCGAAGAGGAAGCUCAAUGUUGGAUCAUUGUCUGUUGUUUUGUCACAAGCUCUUAAGUCAAACGAUCACGGCUUACUUGAGACAGUGUUGAAUAACUGUAGAGAUGAGGAAGUGAUAAAGAGCACCAUUUGCCGCUUGGACACAUCAUACAUUUUGACAUUGCUCAACAGGCUCAGUGAAAGAUUGAGUAGAGGCAAAGCAUCGAAAAACAAGCAGCAAUACCAGUUGCUUGACGCGUGGGUAAAAUACAUAUUGAUUUACCAUGGCUCUUACUUGAUAAGCCUUCCUAACUUAAAUGCAGACUUGGGUAUUUUAACAACAACAUUAAGGAGAAGAGCACGGAAUAUGGACAGAUUAAUGGAGUUGAAGGGUCGGCUUAGAAUGAUUGGUGAAUACUCCGCCGCAAAAAGAUUUAUAGAGCAAGGUCUUUCAGAAAACUAUUCUGGUAAAGCCACUGCUGAUAAAGAGGAGGAAGCCGCAGUUGAAUAUGUUGAAGCGUUGGAUGAUGCGGGAUUAGAGAGUGAUGAAGAUGAUGAUAAAGAUGAAAAUACAGAUGAUUCUGACGCUGCAGAUACAGCCCAAGUUGAAGAUGAUUCAGAGGAUGAUGCUGGUUCUGAGAUUACAGAUAACGAUACAGGAUUAAGCGAUGUGGAGUAG